AUGAAACCUCACAACCCAACCAUUCAAGCACUCAAGAGUGAAAUAAAAGCUUUGAAGAACAUCUUAGAAAGAAUAGAAGAAAGAAAUACCGAAAAGAUGCUUCAACAAUUCAGACAGCUAAUGGCACCCACAUUAGCUUCUCGCUUCUUGGGAAAACAAUCACAAAUCGAAAUUAUGGAGAACGUGUUGUUGAACUAG